AUGGAUGCCUUGGCUAAAACGGAAUAUGUAGAGGCGUUUUUGCCCAAUUUUGCUCCUAAAGAUAGUAUGACGGUUUUCCGUCGGCGGUUAGAGCGAAUUCGCUCUGACAAUGACAGACUGGCCCAUUGGCUCCGUGAACGGACGGAAAUUGAACGAGAUUACGCGGUGCGUCUUCAAAAGCUGGCAAACUCAAUGAAUGAAGGAAAUGUUCAGGAGCUGUCUCUCUCAGACGCGUGGUUGGAAUUGGAACGGGACAUGCAACUACGCUCCAAGUUGCAUAAUUCCAUGGCAAAACAGUUAGGUGGUCAGGUAUACAAGCCAAUUAGUGAGUUCUAUACGUCUUCCCCCCAAAUGGCGUCCUUGCGUGAAUUAGAAAGUAGAUUGUCGUCGGUUGCACGGAGCAUGGAUCCCUCGUCAAUUUCCAAGGUUCUUCGGUCCAACAAGCACAAGCGUGGACAAAGUCAGGAUGGUCAACUGAUGCUUGACAACAACGAGCUCAUCUCUCGAACUGCUUGGGAUUCCGAGGCUCCGUUCGCUUUUGAAAAGUUGCAGACCGUGGACGAGGAACGUCUGAUAAUGUUGAAACAGGUGUAUUUAACAGUAUCUAGCUUGGAGAAUCAAGUUGGUCGUCAAUUAAAUGAGUCUUCUGAAACCUGCAUGGCAAUUUUCUCCACCAUUUCUGCCGAGGAGGAAACAAUUCGAUUUGCAAGUGAGACUGUCAAAAACGGGGCGGUUCAGCAAGAUGCAAGUCCUGUUGCUCGCACACAACACAGCUCUUCUUCGCGCAAGGAAGAGUCGCCCGAAGAGCGUCCAGCACGUGCCCCAAGCAAAUUCAAGUCUCGUAUGAACAAGCUCUUCCGUCGUAAGACUGUGAUGAUUGGAAAGAAGAAACACUCUUCUGAGUCUCAAGCACCACUGUCCAGUCGUAAAGCUGCUGCUGGCCGGAUUGCCCCGUCCUCAAGCCUUCAUUCAAAUAGCGAUGACGACGCACAUUCUGUUCCGGAGGCAAGUUCAUUAAUGACAAACGGCACUCGUUCUGUUAAUAUCAACCCCGCAGCGAAUCACAUUGAAAAUGAACAACAGCAGCAAUCUACUCAGCAACAAGAACAUCGUGAACAACCAACUCACACUGAACACUCUUCUGUUCCUUCAUCUUCUGCUGUCACCACUCUUCCACAAUACGUUGAUGUACCUCAACCGAACGCACGUUCCGAUGCAUCUCAAGUAGCUGUCAAAACUCAAGCUGAGCGCGCUUCGCUCGCAGCUCCUUCAAUUUCAGAAUCUUCGAUAAAUGCCUCCUCAUCGCCUAUGAGUGUUAACAUCAAUCCUACUCCCGUGGUUCAAGAGUCACCUGAGGAGCGUGAUGCCGCACUGGAACGUGUGAGCCAUGCAUUACGCCAAGUCCCGAGUGUUUCUCGACGCACUCGCUCAUCAGACUCAACGUCGCGUUUGACGUCCCCCCUCAGUUCUCCGUCAACCGAGAUGCCCAUGGGCAUGCAUAUCCCGCCUCGGAGCCGCUCGACGUUGUCCAUUCACUCCAACUCGUCAGUUGAGAACUUUCAACCUCGAAUUCCUGAGCUUCCCAAUGUCCCGAAGCUCUCAAGCGCGAUCGUAGCACAAGUGAACGGUUUGUGGAAGGGCAACCAGUUGCAACGUGCCGAGUGUGAUGGCAGCGUGUAUUUAGUCUGGCGCAAUCCUGAGUCUGUCGGCUCUGACAAGAAGUGCUCCGUUCGUCUGUUUUCUCCGCAAACACUCUCCUCCCUCGUUCCCACUCAUACUGGUGUUCAAUUGGGCAACGAACCAAACUCGUUGGAUAUGCCAACUUCGUUGAUUAUGACGCCCACACAAGUGGCCAAGUUUCAGGUUCCGUUGGAAGGAAGUGUUUUGCAAAACACUCUUCCAUUGCUUGUGAUGCAAAAAUGGAAGCAUGAGGAGACGGUUAGUAGCAUGGUCGCUUUUGUGCUUCGAAAUCCGCUUUACAACAACUCUGCAGAAAACUAUGCAGUGGACAAGCUCUCGCUUCUUGUUUCGUUGGGAGAAAAUGUGAUUGUUAAGAGUUGUCGUAGCUCACCAGCUGGUGAGUUUAGUCGCAAGACUAGCAAGCUUCGCGUUAAUUUCAACGAUGUAACUGUCCCUGAUACUGGCUUGAAGGUUGUCGCUCGCUUUGAAAUCGAGCCAAAUGGCGUCACACGUGUGCCUACAAUUGAGUAUCGCAUGCAAUUGAAGCAUGCGAAUGUUAUCGAAAGCCUUGUGCAAGUGUUCUCGACACCCGAAAAUGUUAUGCGCUCGUCAACCGUUAAUUCGCUGGAAGGUGCUUAUGAUGCUCAAGUGGUACCAACUUUGUAUACGACGGUUGCCCGACAAUUCUUCUCCCUUUGA